AUUUGAUUCUGUCGGGCACUCGCCCAUUCCUAGCUUUCUUUAAUACUGUGCUUCAGGCGCGGUGCGGUGUUUAAAUUCACCUCAUCCUGAUAAUUAGACAUAACAAUGUUUGCUUCCCUGUUGGACACGGCGCGGAACUCGCCGUUCCGCGGCCCUCUCAGCCCUGCACAGUGCCAGGCCAGCACUCUAACACCGCCUAGCAUCGAACAGCCACUAGGCAUGGCGGCGGCAGCUGUAGUGCCAGCUCCACAGGACUCCUGCGAAUUCGCAUCUCCCAAAUACUUCGCGCUGUGCGGACUUGGCGGUAUUCUGUCCUGUGGUAUAACCCAUACGGCCGUGGUGCCACUGGAUCUGGUCAAGUGCCGGCUGCAGGUGGACGGUGACAAAUACAAGAACGUGGUCACCGGCUUCAAGGUUUCCGUACGCGAGGAGGGCAUCCGAGGACUCGCGAAGGGCUGGGCACCAACCUUCAUCGGUUACUCCCUACAAGGGCUGUGCAAGUUUGGCCUGUAUGAGGUGUUCAAGGUGGGCUACACGGGACUCCUGGACGAGGAGACAGCCUACACUUACCGUACCUUCGUAUACCUCGCCGCCUCCGCGUCCGCUGAAUUCUUCGCAGAUAUCGCGCUGUCGCCGCUCGAAGCAGCUAAAGUACGUAUCCAGACCAUGCCUGGCUUCGCGAACACACUCCGUGAGGCGUGGCCCAAGAUGGUCCAGAGUGAAGGCUACGGCACAUUCUACAAAGGCCUGGUCCCACUGUGGGGCAGACAGAUUCCAUACACCAUGAUGAAGUUCGCCUGCUUCGAGAAGACCCUCGAGCUGUUAUACCAGUAUGUGGUGCCCAAACCUCGCUCGGAGUGCACUAAAGGCGAGCAAUUGGUAGUAACGUUCGCUGCCGGGUACAUCGCUGGCGUGUUCUGCGCUAUCGUCUCGCAUCCCGCCGACACUGUCGUCUCCAAACUUAACCAGGACAAGACAGCGACAGUGGGCUCGAUCGUCGGUAAACUGGGAUGGGCGGGCGUAUGGAAGGGUCUCGGACCUAGGAUCGUAAUGAUUGGUACACUCACCGGUCUCCAGUGGUUCAUCUAUGACGCCGUCAAGGUAUGGCUGAGGAUGCCCCGACCCCCGCCAGCGGAGAUGCCCGAGUCUCUACGCAAACGGCUAGAGGCUGAACAAGCGCAGGCGAAGUGAACUUAGCAAUAAUUACUCGUCAACUAGCCAGAUAACGUUUAGCGUCGUCUCUCUCUUGUCUGCAUAUAAAGAAAGAGAUGUAAUUACGUUUUAAUCGUGGCUGUGUAAGAGUUAGGCAAGUUACUAUACUACCCAAUGAUGUCUCAAUAGUUUUAAAUGUAUAUAAUUUCAAUAUAAGUCGUUUGCUUUGAGCAGAAA